ACUCUUGAGAGCAUAAACCAAAGCAACAAAACAAUCAAUGGGGUCUCCAAUGGCCUCCUUAGCAGCAACUUUGCUUGUUUUAACAGUCUCUCUCACCUUUGUAUCUCAAUCAACCGCUAACUACUUCUAUUCUUCUCCUCCACCACCUGUUAAGCACUACGAAUACAAAUCACCACCUCCUCCGGUUAAGCACUACCCUCCCCCUCCGGUUAAGCACUACCCUCCCCCUCCGGUUUAUCAUUCUCCACCACCACCUAAGAAACACUACGAAUAUAAAUCUCCACCUCCUCCAGUUAAACACUACUCUCCACCACCGGUUUACCACUCUCCACCACCCCCAAAGAAGCACUACGUGUACAAAUCCCCUCCACCCCCGGUUAAGCACUACUCUCCUCCUCCCGUUUACCAUUCUCCACCACCACCAAAGAAACACUACGUGUACAAGUCCCCUCCUCCUCCGGUUAAACACUAUUCUCCUCCUCCGGUUUACCACUCUCCACCACCUCCUAAGAAGGACUACGUCUACAAAUCUCCACCCCCACCGGUUAAGCACUACUCUCCCCCACCAGUCUACCACUCACCACCACCACCCAAGAAACAUUACGCAUACAAAUCUCCUCCUCCUCCGGUUAAACACUACACACCCCCUCCUGUUUACCAUUCCCCACCCCCACCUAAAAAACAUUACGUCUACAAAUCUCCUCCUCCUCCAGUGAUGCACUAUUCUCCUCCUCCGGUUUACCACUCUCCACCACCACCAAAGAAACACUACGUGUACAAAUCUCCUCCUCCUCCGGUUAUGCACUACUCCCCUCCUCCGGUUUACCACUCUCCACCACCACCCCAGAAACACUACGUGUACAAAUCUCCUCCUCCUCCGGUUAUGCACUACUCCCCUCCUCCGGUUUACCACUCUCCACCACCACCAAAGAAACACUACGUGUACAAAUCUCCUCCUCCUCCGGUUAAACAUUAUCCCCCACCGGUUUACCACUCUCCACCACCACCAAAGAAACACUACGUGUACAAAUCCCCUCCUCCUCCGGUAAAGCACUACUCUCCCCCUCCGGUUUACCAUUCCCCACCCCCACCAAAGAAGCACUACGUAUACAAAUCCCCUCCUCCUCCGAUUAAGCACUAUUCUCCUCCUCCAGUUUACCAUUCCCCACCGCCACCAAAGGAAAAGUACGUAUAUAAAUCACCUCCUCCUCCUCCAGUCCACCACUACUCUCCUCCACACCAUCCUUACCUCUACAAAUCUCCUCCUCCUCCUCCAUACCACUAUUAGAAUUCUCUGUCACGGAGAACACGAUGUGCACAAGAAGACAAAGUCAACACGGAAACAUAAUAAGAGAAACAUAGCGUGAGAGAGAGAAUCCAAACAUAAAGCUUUCUCAGCAUCUUCAACGUAUUUUUACUUUUCGUUUGCAAUAAAUUUGAAACAUGUGUGUGUUGAUCAACUAAUGGUCCAUGCACGCAGUCUGUAGUCAUAUAAAUGUGUGUAAGUUUUACGUCUUGUUUCUUUCUGAUUUCUUUCAUGUGCAAGUUUCUAUUAAUAAAAAGACCAUAAAUAAUAAGUUUGUAUUU